GAUUCAUCCCCAAAAAAAUCACCAUAUAUAAACCAUGGUCAAUGUUUGGUUGUUAGGACAUUAUUCCAAAUGUUUAGCGAAUAAGCGUUUUUUUCCGUAAUUGAUUGAAAAUGUUUUGUCUAAGAAAUUCAAGUUCUCGAUUCAUCACUUUAAUCCGGUCAUCUGGUCAAUUGUGGUCGUCGAUUCGAAUGGAUCGACCAAUGAAUGUUCGAAUGUCACAUUCAUUCGUCGCUAAUGAUAAUUCUGAUUUGGAUAUAAUGAAAAUUUUUGAACAAACAAAACCAUUCAUAACAAAUGAAAUGAAAAAUGAAAUUAAUGCAAAAAUUUUGGUCAAAAUUUCCGGUAAAAAUUUCUUAUUAGAUUUUCGUUCGGAAAAACCAUUACAAAUGAAUCAAAUUGAUUGGAAAAUACCGGAAAAUAUUGAUCUAAUAUUAUUGAUAUCAGAUUCGAAAAUCUUAAAACGUUUAAUCAAUGGUGAACUAAGAACAUCGAUUGCAUAUUUAGCGGGUAAAUUAAAAAUUCGUGGCAAUAAACAUGUUGCAUUUCGAAUGAAAAAAUUAUUCAAUACUUUGAAAUCUUCUUCAUUUUGA